ACGCGUCCGCCGCGAAUUCUCGUUCCUUUCACCUACACUGCGCGUUUCCACAUGGCGCCCCGACGACGCAUUGUCGCUGACUCUGAUGAGGAAUCCUCUGGCCCAAGCAAACGCAUUCGCCUCGAGGAGCAUUCAGAAGUCUUUCAAAGUAGUGACGAAGAAGCCCAAGGUGUUGAUCAAGACGAUACUCCAUUGCCUGCCGAUGCCGAUGGUUAUGUCGAAGGCUCAAUUGUAAAGAUCACCUUGCGCAAUUUUGUUACCUAUGACUACUGUGAAUUCUCACCAGGACCUCAACUUAACAUGAUUAUCGGUCCUAACGGUACUGGUAAAUCGACCAUUGUCUGCGCUGUGGCUCUUGGCUUGGGUGGAGCGCCCUCCCUUUUGGGUCGUGCCAAAAAUAUUUCAGAAUUUGUAAAGACGGGUGAAGACGAGGCCGUAAUUCAAAUUGAGCUCAAACGAACUGGUGCCAACCGCAAUGUCGUGAUUCAACGUAAUAUUACAAAGUCUAGCAACGCGAGCUCGUGGCGUUUGAAUGGAAAACACGCACCGCAAAAGCAUGUCUUGGAGGUUGUUAACCAACUGAAUAUCCAAGUGGACAAUCUCUGCCAAUUUCUCCCUCAAGAUAAGGUUGCCGAAUUUGCACAGCUUACUCCUCCAGCAUUGUUGGAAAAGACACAAGAAGCUGCCGGUGCAACAACCUUGUUAAAGUGGCACCGAGACUUGAUCGAAUGGAAAAAAGACGAAACUGCCAUGACUCGCACGUUCGACUCUGACCAGGAUCACUUGAACACUCUCAAAUCCCGUAAAUCUGAAUUGGAAAAGGACGUGGCGAAAUUGCUGCAACAAGAAGAAGUUCGUCGUCGAAUCGAACUUCUCAAGGCUAAAUUACCGCUGGUGCAAUAUACCAAUGCAAAGAAUGACUACGAUCGAGCAAAAGAAGUAAAACAAGAGAAAUUGGCUGUCCUCAACCGACUAAAAGAAGAAAACCAACCGAUUGAAGAUGCCAAACAGGAAUACAUUAAUGCUGCAAGUGUUGCUCAGCGAAAACAGCAAGGACUCGAAGCUAUGCAACAGGAGCAAAAGGAGAAGCUUCACAGAAUUGCAACUGAAAUAAAAAACUCGACCCAAGAAUCAAAGAUCCACGAAUCCAAAAUCACUUCUAUCAAAAGGAAAGAACAGGAACGCGCGAACGAUAUUAAGAAACGUGAAAGCAAAAUAGCAUACUUGAAGGAGCGUAUAGGAGAGGAACCAUCUACUGAAGGCUUGCGAGAAUUGUCUUCUGCUAUGGACGAGAUCACUGGAAAGAUUACCGAUAUGGAAAUGGAUGUUCCAGGACUCCUUGAGCAAUAUCGAAACCUUCAACGGAUAAGAGCGGCCAAUGAUCGAGAAUUGAGAGACAAAAUACAAGAGGUGAAUACCUUACAGGACUCCGCAAAGCAACGUAUGAAUGCUCUUUCCCAGUAUCAACAGGAUACAGUUUCUGCAUAUGAAUGGCUCAAGCAAAACAGACAGCGAUUCAAAGGAAAAGUUUAUGGCCCAAUUGUAUUGCAGAUUCAUCUCAAAGAUGAGCGUUAUGCGGAUCUAGUUGAGACUAUUCUUGGCGGUAGACACAGCUCUUUGCUUAAGACGUUUAUUUGUGAAACCAAAGAAGAUUAUAAACUUUUCACGGAGGAAAUGGUGGAUAAAAAGGGCUAUCGAUUGACUGUAGCAUGGCCUGGUGAUAACAGCAAUGAAAGUGUGAGCCCACCUAUGUCUAGGGAAGAAUUACAUCGCAUGUGCGGAAUGGACUACUUUGUUUCGGAGCUAUUGGAAGGUCCCGAGAUUUUGAUAAAUUACCUAUGCCAUGCUUCCAAAAUUAACCAAGUGCCCGUGUCAUUAAGAGCUGUCGACGAAAAACGAGUUGCAGACAGCGGUCGUUUCCGACGUUUUGCUAUGCACAACAGCACUUACGAAGUGAAGCAAUAUAGAUAUGGCCGAGGUGGUAACCAAGUGCAAGUUAAAAAGAUCUGGCAGUCGAAUUACCUGAAAAAAUCCUUGGACUCCGAAGCGCUACAAAGAGCAAAGGAAGAAGUCGCGAGACUGCAAGAUGCUAACAAGGAGGUCUUGAUGGAGAUAGAAAGUGUAAAUAAUAACCGCAGCAGAGUCAAACAAAAGAUAUCCGAGCUCACCCAUGAAAUGAACGACAAAAAAGCACAAAAACAAGACAUUCAGCUCAAAAAAACUAAUUGGGAAAAGGCGCAACGCCAAGUCGAUCAUGAAGAAAUCCAACUGCAAACCCUCAGAGAGCUUCCUGCGGAUGAUACUAGUGCCAUUAAUCACUUGAAGGAGCAGAUUAUGGUGCAAGCUUCCCGCCGUGCCAAUCUUGCUGAGCGCUACACCAACCUCUUGAAAGAUUUAACAAAGAGCAUCCUGCAACGCAAUGUAGCUCAGCUGGAAUACAUGCAAGCUGAGGCCAAGCGCAUCUUCGUUGAGGAAUUUGCUAGUAGACAGAGCACAGCGGUUAGACAUGCCGAUCAAGGCUAUCGUCAAGCCUUGUCCGAUAGCAAUCACAAAAAAUCUGUUGCACAAAACUACCAAAAUGAAGCUCAACGCGCUGGACGAAAUUUGAGGGAUGAUGGUCUCAAGGAAGAAUUCCAGGCUAUUUUAGCACAGUGGCGUACCGAAGCCGGACUUGAUCAGACAGCUGCAGAGGUUGAGGAUGCCAUCCAGGCCGGGUUGGCCAAGAUUGAAACACUCGAGGCAUCCAAUCCUCGCGCAAUGGAGCUGCAUAAGCAGCGAUGUGCCGAGAUCCAGCAACUUUCUGCUAAAAUUGAUGGCGUUAAGCAGCAGCUGGAUGCACUGCGUGAAAAGAUCAGUAAUGUUCGGUCACAAUGGGAGCCUCAAUUGAACUCCUUAGUAGGCUGUAUCAGUGAAAGCUUCGGAGAAGCUCUUAAAAGGAUCGGGUGUGCUGGCGAAGUUGGCGUUGCGAAAGACGAGGACUAUGAUAAAUGGGGUAUUGAAAUCCGUGUGAAGUUCCGUGACAAUGAAAAACUGCAGCUCUUGACGGGUCAACGGCAGUCCGGUGGUGAACGUGCUGUGUCGACGAUUCUCUACUUGAUGUCCCUGCAAAAUCUGGCAAAGUCACCCUUCCGUGUCGUGGAUGAAAUUAACCAGGGUAUGGAUCCGAGAAAUGAACGCAUGAUCCAUGAACAGAUUGUCAAAGGCGCCAGCAAGCCCGGGACAGCGCAAUACUUCCUGAUUACGCCCAAGCUUCUGCCCGACCUCUUCUACAACGAACGUAUGCGCGUGCUGUGUAUCUACAAUGGUGAAUGGCAGCCCAAGCGACUGAAGCCCGUCUCUGAAUACAUUAAGCGUGCGCGAUCAUCUUCUGGGGCAAUUCCUGCCCGAUAAGUUCCAUCAAAAAGACAUUUACCCACUAGCUUUUUCGUUUCUUUUCCUCCUUGCCCUGUUCAUGCAAUAAAGACGUUCGCUCUCCACCUUUUUUUCGGAAAGAA